AUGAAGUUCUCGAAACAGCUGCUGCUCCGAGCCUCGCCGCUCUGGUACGACCACUAUGUCGAUUACAAGUCGCUCAAGGGCACUCUCAAGUCCUUCCGUGUCGGCGACAGCACCGAUCCAAAGUCCCAUACCGAUGUUCCCGCUGCCGAGCGCAAGCCCACUCCGCCACCCAACAUGGCCGCUAUCGACGAGUUCACAAACACAUUCUCGGAACUCCUGAAGGUCGAGGCCGAUAAGGUCGAAGGAUGGUAUGUCAUCAAGGAAACCGAGGGACGAGCCCGCCUGGCCGAGCUGGUUGCCCGUGGAAAGAGUCCACAAGUCAAUCGCGAGGUUUGGCUCAAGGACAUCGAGGACCUAAUUGCCAACCUGGAGAUGCUGUUUGAGUACAGCGAGGUCAACAUCGUCGCAUUCAAGAAAAUCAUCAAGAAAUUCCAAAAGUACAUUGAACACGGCAACGUCUCGAAUGUGUGGACAGUCAUCAAGGCCUAUCGCUUCUUUUCCAACUCGGAGCUGGAUCAGCUCGACCUGGACGCCCUUCCGGGCGGACAAAUCUCCAAGCUGUGGCUGGCUGUAUACGAGGGGGACCGGAAGCCUGAUCCGAAUCCCG